UAUUUUAGUGUCAAUGCCAAGCCAAAUUGAUUGAUUGAAUUUGAUUAUACAUUUUACAAAACUACAAUAGUAUUUCUUGUUUCCACGUCGAUUUUCCUCUUCAUUCCAGUCGCAAAAUGAUUCCGAGAACCAUUGUAAGAAGAUUUGUUCCACGUAUAUUUCAUAACUCAAUAACAAUAACCAAUACGAGAGCUAUUUUUAAUUCGAAGUAUCUAUUGCUUUCACACCAAUCUCCAAAUCAUAUUCCGAACACGCUAACACAUCAUCGAGUAUAUUCAACUCCCUCCGAAGUAAAUUUGGAAAAUAUGAUUGUGGAUUUUGAGCAAGUUAAGAAAGCUACAAAUCAAAAAGAUGUACUGAUAGUAGAUGUGAGGGAGCCUGAUGAAAUUAAAGAGCAUGGCAAAAUACCAAACAGUAUCAAUAUACCUUUGGGAAGUGUAACAUCAGUGUUAGCAAAUAUGUCAGACAAAGAAUUUGAGCACACCUACAAAAGACCAAAGCCCACAGAGGAUGCAGAAAUUAUAUUUUACUGCAUGAUUGGAAAGAGAUCAGGCAUGGCCCAGCAGAAUGCUUUCAACUUAGGGUAUAAAAAUGUAAAAAAUUAUUUGGGCAGUUGGACAGAUUGGGCAUCAAGAGUACAGUAAUGAAGUACCCAUUUAUUUAUUGAUUUAUCAAAGUGCUAUAUUAUAUCUAGUCUAUCAUAAACAAAUCUGAGGCUGCUACAAGUGGUGAAAUCUAUGUACUUUCUAUACAUACAUGUUUAAUUAUUAUUUUUUUAAAAUAAUAAAUCAUGCAACUUA